GAAAGAAAGCAAGGAAUGAAAAGAGUCAAAGGUGUUUGGGAUUGGGCCACGGUGACUGUUAGCACAAGAGAUAAGCUGUUUUAACGAUUCCUUUUACAGUCGAUUUUUGAGAAGUUGCUGAUAAGGAGCGAAAACAUUCUUAAUUCUCGUGAUCACCCGGAAUAGAAACAGCGCCAGCCACGACAAACAAGACUAUCAGCCACACCUGCUGCGAGUUCCGGGUGGUCCACUCGACCAAUCAAAGUUGUCCGCCAGCAGAUAGGUGUGAUUAUAAAAAGGCUGACACACACCUGUCAGGUACCUGGUGCUGCGGCGACAGUGACUGUGAAGGUGUCCCUGGUGACCACAUCUACAGGUAGAGGAAGGAAAUGGUUCUGUGCAGACAGCUGUCCACCCUGCUGUGUGCGGCGGUCCUCGUCUGCAUCCUGACGCCGUGUGACAGUCAGAUAGGAAUAGUGUGUCCUACUGCAGGGUGCACUGUCAUAGCCAACAGCGAAUGUGCUAACGGUACUUGUGUGUGUAAACAAGGCUUCUAUAAUGACCAUGGAAGCGACUGUCUUGCUAAAAAGGGUUUGGGAGCGGUGUGCACUAGCAAGGAAGAGUGUCAGGGUUCCAGUCUCUGCGAAGGUGGUCACUGCGUCUCUGCUAGUAACGCCUCGACUGGAGACAAACUUCUGAUGAUUUCAAUGUUCCUGCUGUACCUUGUGGUGAACCGGAACUGAACUGCACUCUGAACAUUGAAGACGUGGCUGAUACUUCACUCCAUUACUUCUCAAUUAUUUUCUUUAAUCAUGACCUUUUAUUUGGAUAAUUAAUAUGAUCCUCAUGAGAUUAUUGUUUUCCUUUUAGACAGCCCAAUCCUUCAAUCAAGAACAUUUUUUUUUUUUGUAGUUUUCUCUACAAGCUGGACAUUUGUUUCAUGUAUUUUUUACGACUCCAAUCUUUCAAUAUCAACUUAUUCGUUGUGAUUAUGUGACAUUUUAUUUCUAUCCAUAACAUCUAUCUUAGUGUAGUUGGGGUACAGCAUGACACAAAGUAUUGUGGAUUGUACCACAACAUGACACUAAGACUGCUGGAGGUCAAGGGUCAUAAUUUUACUACUAAAUAAACUUCUUUAUAUUUCUAAUAACUUUUUAAUCGUUGUUAGCAUGACAAGCGUAUUGAUUGAUUAAUUGAAUAACAACUGCGUGAUUGAUUUAUCAAUCAAAAAUAAACUUUCAUAAAACUUUGUUACAAUCUA